AGUAGCUAUGGCAGAGAGAGGCAGUCGAGCUGAAAGCCUCGGCUCGGCUAGUCGCGUUUGGCCUGCUCAAAAAUUCAUUGUCUCAGCUGAUCUGUCCAACGUACUGAACUCAACACAGAACAUUACAGGCAGGUUGCACGGACACUCUUCAUCCACAGGACCGAGACUCCACGAAGAGCUCCUAGUCAUACUCGAGCCAUGGCCAUCGACACGCUCACCGAAACCUGGGCCAGGCUGGUGCACAAGUACAACCCGCACCUGGUCGAGUUUGCCGGCACGGUCCUCGUCCAGGUAUUCUUCUUCUGGCUCCCGUCGUUCGCAUACCUCGCGCUCGACCACAUUGCCCCGGCCUUUUCGGCGCGGCACAAGAUCCAGCCGGCCCCGCGACAGCCCACGGCAGGCGACAUCAGACAGUGCCUGCGCGUCGUGCUGCGCAACCAGCUCAUCAGCAUCCUGCUCUCGCUCCUCAUCGCGUCCAGCUCCAUCCUGUCGGGCAAGAAAGAAGGCGGCUACCGCGUGACCGCCACUCCGCCUUCGCUAGCCGAGCUCGCGCGGGACAUGACCUUCUCGAUUCUCCUGCGCGAGGUCCUCUUCUACUACGCCCACCGCGUCCUGCACACCAAGCAGCUCUACAAGUCCAUCCACAAGACGCACCACAGGUUCACCGCGCCCGUGGGCCUCGCCGCGCAGUACGCUCACCCGCUCGAGCACGUCCUCGCCAAUACCCUGCCCAUCGCGGUGCCGCCGCUGCUGCUGCACGCGCACGUGCUGACAGUGUGGGCGUUUCUGGCGGUCAUGCUGCUCGAGACGGUGACGGUGCACAGCGGCUAUGACUUCCUCGGCGGGGUGGCGAGGGGCCACGACUUGCAUCAUGAGGUGUUCUCGGUCAACUUUGGGGGCAUCGGGUUGAUGGACUGGAUCCAUGGCACAGGCGCGAAAGGGAAGAAGGAGGUGGCGAUGGGGAGCAAGGCCCCGGGCAAGACGGACUGAGAGAUUUCGCUGUGGGUCAGCAGUUAAUACGCAAUAUCCAACAUCAUAGUCCGGGCGUCUCGUUUGCUGGUGAGAUGCUGCAUGCACAUACGCAGUGAUGUGAGUGUGUUGGGAUGGUCCCUACGGAUGUCUGUUUUGAGAUGCUCCAAGCCCUUCGACAAGGCACGUCAUGAAGACUCAAGUUGCGAAGAAGGCAUCAGAGAUCCAGAGGUCCAGAGGUCUAGAGGUCCAGAAUUCCAAUAGCUUGGCUGUAGAUAAGUCCAUGUGACGUUUAUUGGU